GUUACGAUAUCUCUUCAGAGAUUACAUCUACUUUGUGUCACUUACAGAUCGUACAUUGUAACAUGAUUUGCUCGAAGCAAAGUUGAUGGAGGGGAUGAUUAGAACAUAUAAAUACCAGUUUCGGCUGACAAUCAGUACUUCGAAGAAGCUAUGGACACACGAUUGAUUUUGCUGGCCCUGACCAACUGUGGGUUCGCUAUGGGAGCCAAGCUUCCUAUGGACGGCAAAGGCAAUGGUCCGGGCAUGCCGCCUGCCAUUGUUGGAGGAACAGAUGCCGCAGAGGAUGCGUGGCCAUGGCAGGUGAAACUGCUGUACGGAGAAAGCUUUUGGUGUGGCGGUACACUUCUUAAUGACGAAACCGUACUGACGGCGGCUCACUGUAUCCACAAUAAAAAAAAAAAGUAUUUCAGAGUAGUAGUAGGGGAUUACAACCGACGAAACGACGAAAAGAAGACAAGAGGUGAAAAAAAGAUAAGAGUGAAGAAAAUAAGAAAGCAUCCUGAUUAUGCCCGUGGAGUUCUACAUGAUCUGGCAAUCAUGAAGCUUAAGAAAAAGGUGAAGUUUAAUCAAUACAUUCAACCAAUACCCGGACUGGCGAAUGACACCAUGGACUUGAUGAACAGUACUUGUUAUGUUACUGGAUGGGGAGAAGACGGAGGACCAUGGGGUUCAGCCAUAAUCCUUCAGGAACUUCAAACAUAUGUGGUGACCAAUGAACAGUGUCAGGCCGGCAUCGUGAAAGGCCCCGCUGUCACUGACGAUAUGAUCUGUACGGAUUCGGAACCAAAAGGCGCCUGUUAUGGUGACAGUGGCGGUCCUCUCCAGUGCUUGGUGGAUGGUACCUGGGUACAUGCGGGAGCGGUAUCGUGGGGUAACGCGGACUGUAACGUCGGGCCUACCGUGUAUGCGAAGACCUCUUAUCACAGGGAUUGGAUCUUGGGUAACAUGUAGAGAGUAAUACAACAAAUCAAAUAUGAACUUAAACAGGCAGCCGUUGGUUAACCAUGAUGUAAUAUUUCUAUUUUUGAUAACAUACACCAACCAUCUUAGUUUAUAGAAAGUGUAUGUUAAGAACAUUGAGAUUAUUUAGAGAAUUACAAUGCGAGCGUGUUCGUAGCAGGAUCUUGCAUUCCCAUGUCAACAUGCUGAUGUAAAUAUCAUUUGCAUUGUUACGUUAUUGAAGCUUGUAUGACUCGUGCCUUGACCGGGCCUUGAACUCACGAUGUACAGCACCCAAUCGUCUAGCCAGAAAUACCCGCAGCUCAUACCGCUGCGCCACAUCAGCGUUCUUGAACAAGAACGUUUCAAUGGCGCAGUGAUAGUCGGCCCGAUAUUCUG